UUGUAGCAUCACAUUACAGUGUCAUCGAAUCAUUAUGUAAAUUGUUUUAAUCAGUUGCUGUAUUAGGGUUAACAUUUAUAAUUUAUUCAAAGUAAAUUUCAUGUUAAACAUUUUAUAACCUAAUAUAUUACAAAUAGAUAAAAGUUUAUUUCUUUUAUUGGCAGUGUGCACUCAUGUGACCCCAACAACGGAAUUGCUCCACCCCCAGCACAGUACCCAGGACGUCCUGCUGUGUGACCUCUGUGAAACUGUCCCCCUACAGAGUCACUGUGAAGUUUGCAAUAUAAAUCUAUGUGUUAACUGUGUAGGAAAACAUAUCUCAGAUUCCUCUAAAGAUCACAAUGUCGUCCCCUAUUUACGCAGGAAGUCUCCUAACUACUCACAAUGUCCAGACCACGGCGAUGAACACUGUAAACAUUACUGUGAGAAUUGUGACGUUCCUGUCUGUAUUACUUGCGUCUCCUCUGGUAAACACAAAGGUCACAAGUUAUCCGAUGAUCAAAUGAAUGAAAUGUUUGAUUCUUGGUCAUCAUUAUCCAUUAACACAGAACAUGCCGACACAAUGGAGUCAGCAGAAGCUGUAUCGUCUUCUCCAGUUAAACUACUGCUUGAUGAACAUCGACACAGCGCCGCCAUAGACACUACAGAACAUGUAUCAUCCUCUAAAACCAAACAACUGCUUGAUGAACCGCGACUGACCGCCACCAUAGACACUGGGUAUAAAUAUUUAUCCAGUGUUAGCUGUCGCAAUGAAGAAGAAGUCUGGACCUGUGGGGAUAACGAAACCAUGAAGCUCCUCAACUUCCAGGGUGAACUAUUGACAUCAAUACAAACCGAGUCAGGAAAAGAACCAAAUUGCAUAGCAGUGACACGGAACGGAUGUCUUGUUUAUACUGACUUGUAUAGUAGAACUGUAAACCUAGUGAAGAAAAAAUAUAUACGGGCCAUUAUCACACUACAGGGGUGGAGACCUCUCUAUGUUUGCAGUACUGCCACUGACAAUUUCCUGGUUACCAUGAUCGGGGAUGAUUUCAAACAAUCCAAAGUUGUGCGUUACUCUGGCUCCAGAAAGACACAGACCAUUCAGUUUGAUGAACAGGGUCCUCCUCUCUAUUCAUCUGGUGAUUAUAAAUACAUCAGUGAGAACAGAAACCGGGAUAUAUGUGUGGCUGAUCGUGCAGCUAAUGCAGUUGUGGUGGUCAAUCAGGCAGGCAAACUCCGAUUUAGAUACACUGGUCAUCCUUCUAACACCAAACACUCAUUUAGUCCAAACGGCAUCACUACAGACAGCCAGAGUCGCAUCCUGACAGCAGACUAUAACAAUCACCGUAUCCACAUCCUAGAUCAGGACGGACAGUUCCUCCGUUUCAUUCAGAACUGUGAUUUACGCGCUCCAUGGGGUUUAUAUGUGGAUGCCAGAGACAACCUCUUUGUUGCUGACAUUGCUAAAGUGAAGAAAAUCCAAUAUGUAUCAACACAGUGUUAAUUACACAUCUCUACACAGUGUUAAUUACACAUCUAAACACAGUGCUAAUUACACAUCACUACGCAAUGUUAAUUACACAACUCUAUGCAGCAUUAUUUACACAUCUAAAAACAGUGUUGAUUACAUAUUUAAAUAAAGUUAAUUCAACUUAUAGACAAACUGUUAAUUACCAAUUUAAAUUCAGUUAUUAACAUUGUUCAUUACAGAUACAGAAACUGGGUUAAUGUAAUUAAAACUAAACAAAAGAUAA